AUGAGAAUCGAUGAGAUCAAUGAAGAGACUUUCGUGUACAACUACACAUUGAUUGAAGGUGAAGCCUUGGUGGGCAAGUUUGAAAAGAUUUCUCAUGAAGCUAUGUUUGAGCCCUCACUAGACGGUGGUACCAUAUCUAAGAUGACCAGCAAGUACUACACCUUGGAUGAUGUUGCCAUUACUGAAGAGGAAAUCAGGGCCGGCAAGGAAAAGGCCAUAGGAAUGCACAAGGCUGUGGAGGGCUACCUCCAAAACCCUGAUGCUUAUGCUUUGACCUUGUACUUUAUAUAG